AUGGAGGACGAGAGAACAGCCCCAGGAAAGGUGAGGAAGAAAAGCGUUGCGUCUCACCGGAAGUCUCUGUCUUGCGAGUACUGCAGCAGAUCCUUUGCUCGUUUGGAGCAUCUUCAACGCCAUCUCCGCACCCACACGAAAGAAAAACCAUUUUCAUGUGAUAUAUGCUCCAAGUCGUUUGCAAGAAGCGACUUGCUCGUACGACAUGAGCGUCUAGUCCACCCUGCCGAGAGUGCGGCAAACCGCGAACAUCGAGGCCAUAGUAAUACCGGCCAUAAUAACAACAAUCAAAAUAACAAUAACGGCACCAAUCACCAUGAUGUUCCCCAAACGCCGCCAGCCCUGCAACCUGCCCACAAUGAGUCUCGAAUGCUAGAGCUAGCCGACGCCGUGCAGAUUCAACCACACGCAGUCCCGCCCCCUCCGCCCGAGGUGCAGGUGCAGCCCGCUCCGAUAGUGGAAACAACGCAUUUUAAUCCUUCGUGGGGUUAUGACCUGAACCUCUUAUCUCAUGCUGCAAGCCAUGUCGCCCUCGAAGGCCAGCAUGAGAACCUUGAACCUAUCCGGAAGCCUCCACAAAACGUCAGCGCUCCCCCAGCACCCUCCCAUGUUCCGGAAAGGGCCAUCACCGACAAUUAUGGUGUGGAACCGUCCUUUCUUGAUCUCACAGACCUAGGGGACCCGGUUCAGGAUUUUACUGUUUUCCUGGAGAGUGUUGGUCUUUCCUCUGACUGGGAUUCUGGGGUAUUCUCAUCGGUCGAAGAGCCCAUGCUGCCGACUAGCUUCCCCAUGGAUUCAAAACCUGCUAUCCGCGAAACUGCUGCACCGAGACUUGGCACGGAGAUGAUAAGUGAUCAACGUACUACAGCGGAUGAUGCACCGUCCUUUUCGAACUUUGGGUCUCGCCUACCGUCUUUACAGCCAGAGCCCCAUGAUAUAGAAGAUAGAAUUGGACUAUCCGAUGAAAGCCAGCGGCCGGCAUGGGAUAUAACAAACACUGAUCGUCAGGUGUUUGUCUCCAAACUCGAGGAAUUCUCGUAUGUCCUUCCAAAGGGCUUUAUUCCACCCUCCAGACAUACGCUAUCUCGUUUCUUUGCCGGAUACAUCAACGGAUUGAACGAACACUUGCCUUUUAUACAUGUCCCGACGCUUUCCGUUUCAAAAUGCUCACCGGAACUUACUCUCGCGUUAGCAGCUGCAGGCUCACAUUAUAGAUUUGAAAACAAUCGUGGAAUUGAGCUUUUCCAUGCAGCAAAGGCAGUCUUGUUGGAGCGACUCCGAAGAAGGGAUAGUAAACAAGUUGCAUGUCCCUCGUGGAACUUCGUAUCCCCAAGUUCUGGAGGAUUUCACAAUUCUCGUGGAUCAUCAAUUAUGUCCAACAAUGCGACCAGCCCGUUCCAGCAUCAAUAUAUGGGACACCCGGUUGAGCCGGUGAAUUAUACGCCUGAUGACUCAGAUGCUCACAUGGAAGUCAUUCGAACUUUCUUGCUACUCACAGUUUUUGCCUCUUGGGAAAGACAUCCUGAGCUGCUACGAGAAAUUCUUUCGCUUCAAAGCACUCUGGCAAGGCUCGUUCGAGAGCAUGGCCUCUCUGAGCCGGUCCCCAAUCCCGAUAAUAUUACCUGGGAAGAAUGGAUACGAAGAGAAGGAAACAGGCGGACAAAGAUGAUCGUUUACUGUUUCUUCAACCUCCAUUCUAUCAUGUACAACAUUCCUCCUUUGAUUCUGAACGCAGAACUCAAGUUGAACAUGCCGUGUUCCCACGAUGUCUGGAAAGCUACCAAUGCGGCCCAAUGGCGACGAGCUUAUCGCGCCCGGCAUGGAUCAGAUGUCUCCUUUCAGGAAGCCUUUGCGAAACUGUUUCUGAAAUCAAACAUGCCAUACUCGUCUGCGCCGAUUUCACCUCUCGGGAAUUAUAUCUUGAUCCACGCUAUCAUCCAACAGAUCUUCUUUGCCCGUCAGCUUUGCCUUUCUGCGCCGAACAUGUACGGCACCAGUCUGAGACAGGAGGAUUUGAAUGUUUUAGACAAUUCCCUGAGUUCCUGGAAAGCGCUGUGGAAACGCACCCCUGAAUCCAGCAUUGACCCGCAGAACCCAGCAGGUCCGAUUGCUUUUACAUCCACUGCUCUUCUUGGUCUAGCUUAUAUCAGGUUGCAUGUUGAUCUCGGACCUUGCCGUCGUCUCAUCAGCCAAGACCCGAUGCAAAUUGCAAGGGCUCUGGGUGAGUCUCCACCCAUAGCACGAAGUCCACGUCUCAUCAUGGCGCUGCUACAUUCUGCGCACGCAUUGUCGAUUCCGGUACGCCUCGGAAUCGAUUUUGUUGCGAGAACUCAUUCAUUUUUCUGGAGUAUUCAGCACUCUCUCUGUAGCUUGGAAUGUGCUUUUCUGUUAAGUCGAUGGCUGCUUUCUAUACCAGCCACGCAAGCCGACCAAAGACUGUCAGAACACGAAAGAAAGCUGCUUUUGUGGAUUAAGAGCAUGAUGGAUGAAACCGAAAUGGCAGUUGAUCCGCCAGGAGCGCCUGACGUUGAUUUCCUGACCAAUCAUUACAAGGCCAGACAGCUGAGUGUUGCCAUUGUGCGUGUAUGGGCAAGGACAUUCAAAGGAAACACUAGCUGGGCAAUUGUGGAUCUUGUUGGGUCGAGCUUAGAUGCUUAUGCUGACCUACUCGAGGCACAGUUAUUGUAA